GCGUCGGCGCUGCCAACUGUGCGGCGUCCAGAGAGAGAGAAACAGCUGCUGCAUAUAUGACAGCUGUCUCAGAGCGGAGUCGCGUGAGUCGCGUCCAGUGGCGAGAGAUCCGGCUUCGUCCGCGGAGCUCGGGGCGUGUGACACGUGCGGUAAGCGCGAUUCUCCGACGAAUCGUCCCUGGGAUAGUCCCGGCCGCAGACUCGCCCGACGACGCUGUGGGAAGAAAUUCAGUUUCGGUGUUCGUGGUCGGUUCACCUUUUUAAACGUCAGAGUUAAUUUCCUUGAACUGAUGCUUCUUUGAGGAACGAUGUUUUCUGCCAUUAAGAGAUUAACCGGGAAGUCUGACGGAGUCGGCAAUGCGUCUCCCAGGCCGGCCCACCAGUCCAUGCCGACGAAUCUUCAGAGGAAGUUUGCGAAGGGCGUGCAAUACAACAUGAAGAUAAUAAUAAAGGGGGACAGGAAUGUAGGAAAGACAUGUUUAUUCUAUAGACUGCAGGGGCAAAAGUUUAUCGAAGAGUAUAUACCCACGGAAGAGAUACAAGUGGCGAGUAUACAGUGGAAUUACAAGGCCACCGACGACGUGGUGAAGGUGGAGGUGUGGGAUGUCGUAGAUCGCGGCAGGCGCCGGCGGAAGCUGGAGGGUCUGAAGAUGGAUAACGCGCCGGCGAGCGCGGAGAACGCGAUCGAGGAGCCGGCGCUAGACGCCGAGUUCCUCGACGUUUACAAGGGCACCAACGGAGUCAUUAUCGUGAUGGACAUCACGAAGAACUGGACGUUCGAUUACGUCCAACGCGAGCUGCCCAAGAUCCCCGGCCACAUACCGGUCAUUGUCCUCGGCAACCACUGCGACAUGUCGCAUCACAGAACCGUCACCGCGGAUCACGUCACGUACUUCAUAGAUUCGCUGCACGAGAGAACGGCACAAGUGAGAUAUGCGGAGUCGUCGAUGCGAAAUGGCUUCGGCCUAAAGUUGCUGCACAAAUUUUUUAACCUACCGUUUCUGCAGCUGCAGCGCGAGACACUGCUGAAGCAGCUCGAAACCAACGAGGAGGAGACGCGUCUGACUAUCCAAGAGCUCGAUCUCUUCCAGGACAGCGACGACGCUGACUACAACAAAUUCCUAGACAAUCUCGUGAAUCGUAGAAGAGCCCUCGCCGACUCGGUGUCCGCCAGCAAUCUAGUCUCAAAUGUCCCGUCGUCCGCGAGCAACUACCACCUCGCAUCCUCCGGCACGAAUGCCGCCGGCGAAGUCAAAAGGUCGACUUCGAUGCCCGGUCCGAUCGGCGGCGGAACUCCGAUCCCGGUGAAAAAUUUGGAGAUCAAGUCGUUACCGAGGAAGGAGAGCUCUGCGGCGAGCACAUCGGAUAACGUAUCUAGCUCUACGAAAACGUCGCAGAUUGCGACAGCGUCCGUUUCGCAAAGUUCCGCUGCUAAAAUAGAAGCGGCCAAACCGGCCGAAUCUGCCAAUAACAGCGUCGAGAAGAAAGACUCGCUCAAUCGAUCGUCGUCGCUCAUGUCCAAGAUCUUCGGUCACAAGAAGGAAGACGAGACGGACGGAAAAGUGCCAAAUAUAAAAAACGUUAGCUUGAACGCACCGUUGACUAGUGUUGAAGACUUCGUGCCGGACGGGAUGCUGGACAAGUCAUUUUUGGAAGGUCUAAGUUCCAACUCCCUCACCCCAGAGCCAGAUCCCCUUGCGCCUUCUCAAGAAGACGCGGAGUCUGAGAGUGACAUGGAGACUGGUAAUCCUCUGGUAGCCGGUUACGAGGAUGACUUGUCGUCCAUCGAAGAAGUAGCCUCUCCCGUACAGCCAAAAUUAGCAGAGAAUCCGCUGUCCAAACAAAAGCACAAAUUAGAAUCAUUAUCAGGUCCGGAGAUAAAUAUCGAGAAGCCAAAAGAAGUCACGAAACGCGACUCUGUCUCCUCUAUAGAGCAAGAAUUGCGUAUCUCAAAUGAAUAUGAAUCGAACGAGCAGGCAGACAUAAGCUCAGACGCUUUCGACAGCUGGUUACGACGGGAUUCCAAGUGGCGGCAGAGUCCUGAAGGGGGCGAAGAUGUGAGUAGUACCAGUACCAGGAAGGACAGACUGGAAUUGAGCGACAAGAGUCUGGACGUCAGCGUGACGAGUUCCAAUGUUCACUUGGAGCUGCUCGAUGACACUAGUACACGCCACGUGAGUUCCAAUGCCAGUAGUCCGGUGAUGAAGGAGAAAAAGAAACACAAAGAGAAGGGGGAUGAGAAGGAGAAGAGGAAAAAGAAAAAGUCGAAGGACAAGGAUAAGGAUAAAGAGAAAACGGAGAAAACGGAGAAGAAGAAGAAACGCUCGUCGCAUCGAACGAAGGAAGAUCGAGAGCGGGACGAGCUCGAGGAAUUUUUGAACGGCUCGAUCACGAGAAUCGGCGUCGAUGUGGCCUACGAGGCGAUUUAGCAUUCCGGAUUUAUUAUUAUUAUAUUAUCGGUAAUAUGAUUUUUAAAAGCCCCGCUCAUCUUCCAAACAAAAAAAGACUUUGCUCUCUUCAAUGUAAUGUAUGUUACGCUCUCGGAAGCGUAGAAAUAAGAUUGUUUUUCGCGAAAGAGAAAUAAUACGUUUCGGAUUCUGCGCUGUUAAAUCUGCGAAGGAUUCCAUACGGCACAGUUCUCCUGAAGUCAUCUUAAGGCCUGUGUCCACGAUGCUAGAACUUGGUCCAAGUUAUUCUAUUUCCGAAAAUAGUGUGGCCAAUCAGCUUGCAGCUUUUAUGGAAUAGCUGCAGGUUGAUUGGCUACACAUUUCUUGAGGCCUGUGUC